CUUAUUAUUCACUGAGUUAUGUAGUGAUAAUGGAUAUAUUUUUGAAUCAUAAUGAAUUUCGUCAAUAUGGAACAAAAAUGAUUCAAUAUGUAGCGGAUUAUUUAGAAACUAUUGAUAAAAGAAAAGUAUUUCCGAAAAUACAUCCAGGUUAUUUAGCUAAAUUAAUACCAAAUGAAGCACCGAAUGAAUCAGAAAGUUGGGAAGACAUUAUGAAGGAUGUAGAAAAGCUUAUAAUGCCGGGGGUUACUCAUUGGCAACAUCCGCAUUUUCAUGCUUAUUUUCCUUGUGGUUGUUCAUACACUUCAAUAUGUGCUGAUAUACUCGCUGAUGGUAUCUCAUCCAUCGGAUUUACUUGGGUUUCAAAUCCAGCUUGCACUGAACUGGAAGUUGUAAUGAUUGAUUGGAUGGCAAAAACGUUAGGUCUACCUGAACACUUUUUAUUUGGUGAAAAUACCGGUGGAGUGAUACAAGGUAGUUGCAGUGAAUCAACAUUAGUCGCUCUAUUGGCUGCACGUAACAAAGCUAUUACACAAUAUCAAAAUAUCCAUCCAAAUGUAAAUAAUUAUGAUGCUUUAUCAAAGCUUGUUGGUUAUUAUUCUGAUCAGGCACAUAGUUCAGUUGAACGAGCUGGUUUAAUAGGAAUGCUUCAAUUACGUGCAAUAAAAUCCAAUGAACAUUAUGAAAUGGAUACAACUAUAUUAGAACAAACUAUUAAAGAUGAUGUAAACAAUGGAUUAAUACCAUUUUUUUGUUGUGCCACAUUGGGGACUACAGCAACUUGUGGAUUUGAUAAAUUAAAAGAUAUUGGACCUAUUUGUGAUAAAUAUAAUAUUUGGUUGCAUGUAGAUGCAGCAUAUGCUGGGUCAUCAUUUAUUUGUCCAGAAUAUAGAUAUUUAAUGGAUGGAAUCGAAUAUGCUACGUCAUUUGUAUUCAAUCCACAUAAAUGGUUACUGAUUAAUUUCGAUUGUUCAAUUGUAUGGUAUCGAGAAGUGAAUUGGGUAAAAAAUUCAUUUCAUGUUGAUCCACCAUAUCUAAAGCAUAAACAUCAACAAACUACCAUCGAUUUUCGACAUAUGCAUAUUCCAUUGGGUAGAAAAUUUAGAUCAUUGAAAAUUUGGUUCACUUUAAGAAGAUAUGGUGUGAAAAAUCUACAAAAAUACAUUCGAAAUCAUAUACAAUUAGCUCAUUAUUUCGAAAAACUUAUACAAGCUGAUGAUCGUUUUGAAAUUGUUGCCGAUGUUCUAAUGGGUUUAGUUUGUUUUCGGAUCAAGGACAAUAAUGAAUUAACCAAACAAUUAUAUCAUAAUAUUGAAUCUGAUGGUAGAAUUCAUUUAGUUUCAUCAGAAUUACAUUCACCAGCACCACUUUAUUUUAUACGGUUUGCUAUAUGUUAUCAUUCACCAAAUAAACAACAUAUUGAAUAUGCAUAUCAAGUAAUUCAUGAAUUAUGUAAUCAAUUAUUAGAUCAACAAUCCAAUCCAAUUCCCAAUCAACAAAUCAAUCAUGAAAAUAUUAAUUUGUUAUUACUUGAUCAUGAAAAUCAUAAUUGAAUACCCUCUGUAUUCGAUUUGAUGAUUCGUACUUCAAUUUAUUUGCUUGUUUGUUUGUUUAUGGUUGCUCGUGGGUUUUUUUUAGAAGUACACCUCAUCUUUAUCGUCAUUUUUGUUUAUUUGUCAUUAAAUUGUGUCAUUACUUCUAUAAUAUGUGUUUUAUGCCAGUUGAAUACUGUUCUAUAAAACAUCUUUGUUAUAACACUCGGCUUUUACUUCGUCUAAUGUUAUAACAGUUGG